AUUUUGUAUCGGAGGUGAUCGGUGGUCCGACGUGGCGGUCGGAUUGUUGGACGUUCUAACAUUGCAAUAUGAUUUUUCUAACGAAAUUGAACAUUUGAGAAAAGUAUAAGACGUGUCUGUACUUGAACAUUCACGAGAGGGAUAAUGACGCCACGUGUCCGGCAUAUUUUCUCUGCUACUGUGCUGUUGUCAAUAGUGACGCUAUGUGUGCACUCUGUAUUCUCAGAGGUUUUCUCGUCAACAAAUUCUUAUUUGUCGGUGACUAAUAGACUACGUUUGAAGAAUAUUCUUGAAUCAGGAUUUCAAUCAAACGACAUAUCCACAAUAUACUAUGCUGUGAGCGGAUUCAAGUUUCUUGGAGAAACUAUACCAAAAGCAGAUGACAUUUGUAAAUAUUUAAUAAAAUCCAAUGAAGAGGACAUCACACAUGAAACAGCAUUUUAUCUGGCCUCCACAUGGAGAGCUAUUGGGAACUGCCAAGACUUUUCUGCAACUACUGUAUCUAAGAUAUUAACAAAUAUUGUACAGAAAGAUACUUCUACGCUGUCUGAUUUAUACUAUGCAGUGGGCGGUUUAACAGCUUUGUCGCAAGAAGUAUCUGCUGCCAGAACUGACAAAUUAGUGAAGUUAAUGCAAGCAGCUCUGCGAAAAGAUGACAGUCUGUGGAAUCUAGGAUACACGUUUCACAUUGCUGCUGAUUUGGGCACUCCUGCUGCAUUCGCUUUUGAUCGUAUAGAAGACGCUGUUGUACAAGCUGAUGAAGUAGAUGGCCAGUACUUACAAUUCGAAGGCGGUCUUUCUAUAACAAGUUUUCUUCUCAAUGGUAUUUUUAAAUUGUCGACUUCAUUAAAGAAAAAGCCACCGCUAAACUUUCAACAAGUCGUUAAAUUUGGAAAUUACUUGCUUUCGCGACGUUCCGUGCAAACCACGAGAGGUGUUGCGAACUUAUUGUCUGCUUUAGACACUCUAGCGGUUGAAAGUCCCGAGAAGCCUGUUUGCAUAACAUUGAUUGAUGGAGGAAUCGUUAUAUCAAAUCAACAGCCAUAUGUUACGGUCAAAGUUUGCGAUAUUCUUGGCAACGCAUUGCCGUCUGUGCCCAAAGUUGUAGCAAAUUCUGCUACAAGAGUGGGUGACGAUGUUGUUGUUCUCAGUAACGAGAAUCUGCAACCAUCUACAACGGACAAAACUCUGUUCACGAUGGAUCUUAUGAACGUAAAGCCGGAUCGCGGUUUCUACAAGAUAUCAAUAACAGGUGCUUCUGUUACAAAUACAAUCACAGUGAAGGUCUUAUCUGAAGCAAUACUAGAUUAUUUGGAAAUCGGUACUGGCGAUGCCGAUCAAACCACUCAACCAAAACUUACGAAAAUAAAUACGGAAUCUCUGUCGGGCAAACUUGAUCAUAAAAUAGAAGCUGAUUCUCAGCAGAAAUUAGUUAUGCGAUUUUUGCUGCGUGAUUCCGCUAAUAAGAAACCAAUGCGUGUGCAUCAAGCUUUCGUGCGUCUUACGUCAGUUUCUUCAUCUGCUAAUGACAAACGAGGUCACGAAAUCUUUUUCGUCGCCGAGCCUGAUGCUACUCAUGUUUAUAAAUUUGACAUGCCGGUCGGAGCAGCAGCCACAAAUUUUGCUUAUCAGAGUGGAGAAUAUAACAUCGAGUUGAUCAUUGGUGAUGCAGUGAUCAGUAAUCCAUUUCAAUUUAAUGUCGGCACGGUGACUCUAAAAUUCCCGGAAGUAACUUCGGCAGAUAGUGUGGAUAAGGCAUCUUAUAAACAAAAGCCAAAUGUAUACACCACAAAACCUGAAAUAAAGCACAUGUUCCGUGAGCCUGAACGUAGACCUCCGGCGUUCGUAUCGAAUUUAUUUACAGGACUUUGUUUAGCACCACUUCUGUUGCUGGUGAUUUUAUGGGCGCGGCUUGGUGUAAAUCUUUCGAACUUCCCUCUUUCUCUCAGCGCAAUUACUUUCCAUCUUGGAUUGGGAGGCAUCUUCGUACUGUUCGGUAUUUUCUGGUUGAAACUCAAUAUGUUCGUCACGCUGAGGUAUCUUCUUGGUUUUGGCCUUCUCACAUUCCUCGCUGGCAAUAAGAUGCUGUCUCAGAUAGCGCACAGGCACAAGUCACUAUCGUAAUGUGUAUUUUAAUGUGUGAAGACUAUAUAAGCAACGCAAUUUUUUAAAGUGCAUAAUAAAUAGAAGACUGUCGUGAAACAAGUUUCAAGAUGUCGAUCGAAACUUGUUGAAGUAGUAGGGAAGACAUCGUCUGUUCUUUCACUUUGUCACAGAUGUACAUAAAUUGCAAGAUAUUGUUUAUUUUGUUUAUUAUGUACAUUUCUUCACACACCAUUAAUGAGUUGUUCGAGUUUAGCUGUAAGUGUGAAUAUUGUUUGUUUUUGUAUUACAUUUAUAUAUUAUAUUUAUAUUAUAUAUAUCGCUACUCUAACGAUUACAGGUUCAUAAUUGAAUAACCGCUAGAAUUGUAAUACUAUUGAAUUGAAUUACAAGUCUAGACUCUAUAUAAGUAUAAAAAUAAAAGGAUAAAUUACUCGUAACUUUUAAUAAAAUUAU